AUGCGCCGCCAUGCAUGUGCAGCCGUGAACCUGACUGACGAGCUCACCUCACAGGGCGAACUCCCCCAUGCCAUCCGCGUCGACGACUCUACAUGGACCCUCUCCCCCACCAACACGGGCAAAGACAUUGAAAUCCACCUGGACAAGCAGAACCAGCUGGAGUGGUGGGCGCAUGUCAUCACCUCGGCGCCCAAGAUCGACACCAGCAAGAUCCAGCCCGAGAACAGCAAGCUGGGAGAUCUGGACGGCGAGACGCGGGGCAUGGUCGAGAAGAUGAUGUUCGACCAGCGCCAGAAGGAGGCAGGCAAGCCCACCAGCGACGAGCAGAAGAAGCUGGACCUCUUGGAGAAGUUCAAGGCGCAGCAUCCCGAGAUGGACUUUUCCAAUGUGAAGAUGGAGUGA